AGCCGGCGUGUGCGGCCGUGGGCGCUCACACGCGUGUUUGUGGAGUUGCCAUGGAGCGGCACAACAGCACUUGGGCUGCCCAAAAAACCUUUUUUUUAUUCGUUUCCUGGUUCCCAUCUCGUCCGUACCGGGUGAUGUAAUGAGAGCUCGGUGUCUAUGCGGUGUCCUGCUCUCGGGGAGUUGGACACGGAUGGAGAGCCGAUCCCAGAGCAGAGGGAACAUCCGCCAUCUGUUUGAAUGGAUGGGUCCUAAUGAAUCUGUCAAGCCCAACAAAUGCACUUGACGGAGGAAUUCGGCCCCAAACACCUCCUGAUGCCGCUGUCGGCGGCCAAAAUGCUCCUGAGCAGCGUGGUGCCCGUCCCCCCGCUCCUGCUCGGAGCCGCGAUGAGCCCAGCCCCGGCUGAUUUCAGCUGAUUCAAUCACCAGGUUCAACACCUGAUUUGCAGCGCUCGCCUCUUGCUUUCCCCCUCGAGCAGCCCCAGGGCUGCAGCGGGGAGGGCUGAGCCGGGUCCUGGCUGAGCUGUUACGCGGUUACUCAGCAGCUCCUCAGACCUUUCCCACCCACCAAGUUUUGCUGUUUUCCGCGGAGCAGCUGCCUCCCCCUGAGCGCCGUGCCGCGCUCGUCCGCGGGGCGCCUGGCGAGCUGUGUCCCCUCCCGGUGGCUUUGGGAGUGCUGGAAGUCCUCGGGAUACGGAUGGGCUGCGCCGGGAGAUGAGAGCGGGACGGGCGCUGCGGUGGGAGCGGCUCCCCGGGCUGUGGGUACCGGAGGAGAGGGAGAAGAUGCCAUUCCACCAUGUGACAGCUGGCUUGUUGUACAAGGGCAAUUACCUGAACCGCUCGCUCUCGGCCGGCAGCGACAGCGAGCAGCUGGCCAACAUCUCCGUGGAGGAGCUGGAUGAGAUCCGUGAGGCUUUCCGAGUGCUGGACCGGGACGGGAAUGGCUUCAUCUCCAAGCAGGAGCUGGGCAUGGCCAUGCGCUCCCUGGGCUACAUGCCCAGUGAGGUGGAGCUGGCCAUCAUCAUGCAGCGCCUGGACAUGGAUGGGGAUGGCCAGGUGGAUUUUGAUGAAUUUAUGACCAUUCUGGGACCUAAGCUGGUGUCGUCAGAGGGCAGGGACGGCUUCCUGGGGAACACAAUAGACAGCAUAUUCUGGCAGUUUGACAUGCAGAGGAUAACGCUGGAGGAGCUGAAGCACAUCCUGUACCACGCCUUCCGUGACCACCUCACCAUGAAGGACAUCGAGAACAUCAUCAUCAAUGAGGAGGAGAGCUUGAAUGAGAACUCUGGCAACUGCCAAACAGAGUUUGAAGUGCACGCCCAGAAGCAGAACCGCCAGACGUGCGUGCGCAAGAGCCUCAUCUGCGCCUUCGCCAUGGCCUUCAUCAUCAGCGUGAUGCUGAUCGCGGCCAACCAGAUCCUGCGCAGUGGCAUGGAGUAGUGCUGGCAUGGCUCACCACGGUCCUGGCAGCGCCAUGGCGGCCAUGCAUGCGCACCCCGGGAGAGCUCCCGCCCCGAUCCCACGGCACCGACACGCGGGCACAGCCGGCGCCUGCAGCAGGAGCCUGAGCCAGCAGCGUGUCCUGUGAACCAACCACAUCCUUUUGGCAGGGACAUCAAAGGGCUGUUCUAAUGCUUUAAAGGUUUUGUUUCCUAAUGCAAUAAUCCCAUAUCCAGGAGUCCCGAAUUAUUGCUUCGAAACAGCAAUGGCAACGCGGAGGAGGCUUGGAUCCGGCGCUCUGCGGCCCGAAGGAGGCCCAGCCUCGUGACUUGUCCUUAUCCCAGGGCCCGCUGACUAUCCCGCGGAGCUCCCGCUGGGCCCACAUUCCCAGGAAGUUGAUCGUAGCAUUGCCACAAGCAAGUCCUGUUCCUUUCGUUCCAUGUGUUCCAGCUUCACUUUCCUUUUCCCUUAUGACCAUGCCAUGGAGUUUACGGCAUUAGAGGGGAGCUAGAGCAUCCUUGUACAGUAUUUUCUGAGGAAAAAAAGGGGAGAAUUUGCCAGCACCAUACAAAAUGUCUAUUUUUUGCUUCAUCGACUCCACCUUUGCCAUGAGACUGUGGGGUAGCAGAGUCUGUUGGCCAUUUUUUUCCGACUGUGAAUCAGGGCUUGAGGAGCACCCUUUGUUUUCCCACCUGGGCAUUGCUGAACUUGUGCAAAGUCUUCCAAGGGACUCUGCCACCACCAGCGCCAGCUAAACCUCCCUCUCCUCGAGCCUCUCUGCAUAUUCAGCAUUUCCUCUCCAGCAGUUUUACCCUUCUUCUUUAUUGGUCUUCACGAUUUUUUCCCAGGUGAAAAUCCUGAGGGAAGCUCUUCCUGAGCUUUCCUCCCCUCUCCUUGCCUGCACAAUUUUAAAUUAUUCCAUUUCACGUGGCCUGGUUAUGAUCUGCAGUGAAACCUGCAUGGCAGGCAUCAUCCUGUGGGGGAGGUUUUAUUUUCACCCGACUGGUGAAGUGUGGAUUUGACCAGCCGACUUCUCCAUUCCCUCCCAGCAUCCAUCCCAUGGGCAGGCUCCAAAGGGGGCUGUUGGAAAAGCUGAGCACAGCAGGAGAGAAGGAACCAAACCUGAGGCCACCCCCGUGUGUUUGAAGUGUGUCAGACUUCCAGAUCCAGGGAGCAUUGGGUGGUUUUCCUGCAAAACAUUUUAAGGAGCAGCAAGGAGAAGAUGGAAUGAUGCAGAGCAGGGGCACCACACGGGAAGUGCAAGGAGCCAGGAUUACUUGGGUGUUUUUCCUUUGAAACUUGACACAAAUCCAUGCAUUUCCCUUUGGAUGAACUGUGCCCCUGGGUGCCACACCAGCACAGAGGUGAUCUCCUGCCCUCCUAGGAGGGGUUUCCCAGCUGGUGAUCAUGGAGUGCUCCGAGGGAGUUCCAUGGAGGCACUCGGAUGUUGGGAUGGGGUGGCUGUGCUGGGAGAGCUCCAGGCACACCAGGAACCCUGAGGUGCUGCUCCUGGAAAUGGAGGUGACUGUUCUCUGUGCCACAGGAUGGCUCCCCUAGGGCUUGCACAGCCCCAGCCUCCCUCACCCCACACUGAGUUACACUGGAUCUGUCCCAACACUCAUCCCAGAUCUUGCUUUUCUACAAGUCUGAGUGACAUUUACCUGUACUUUUAGCAGCGUAAUUGAAAAAUCUGCUGCUCCACGUCCUGUCUCCCAUCUUCCCUUUAAACUCAAGUCACCUUUAGGUAUCUCAGUCUCCCAGUCCACCUUUUCCUGCCAUUUUCCUGGUGUCCCCUCCAUCCCAAAGACAACACCUUUUCCACAGCAGCCGAAGUUGGUUUUUUCUGCCUUUCCCAACCACACAACUCCUGCAUUUCUGUUCUGCUGUGACCAAUAGAGGUGAACUGCAAAAUAUUCUGUUCAAAAAAUGAUUCUGUCUCCCAGAAGAUGGAGAGAUUUCCAUUGCUACAGGGCAGCAGCAGGAUAUCUGUGGGAUAUUCUGGUGUGGGAUUCUCAGUGCUUGGGGAGCCCAGACAUGUUUUCUCUGCUGGGCAUUGCAAAUACAAGCUUGGAGAUAAUUUUAAGAAAUUCAUCCCCACUUUUAGGUCUCAGGGGUCCUGUGGAAAGGUGGCAGCUGUGGGAAAAAUGUCUAAAUGUUCCUUGCCACCAAGGAAUACUCAUUUUGUGCCUGGGAUUGUGCUGGAGUGAGUGUGGGCAGAUGGAGGGGGAGGGAUGGGGGGGAGCACGGGACAGAUUGGUGCCUCCACUGAGCCCAAACCCACAACCCCAAACCCACAACCCCAAAACCAGGCAUUUCCCAUUUUCUUCACCCAUGUACCACAAACCCCCAGCAGACUCCAGGCCCAGAAGCACCUCAUGGACAAUGAUUGUCUGCAUUCCUUGAAGCUUUCUGGAAGGUUCCAGAGUUCCCUCCUGCAUGCUCCAUGAACCCUUGUAAAUAGAGCCAUUCUCCAGCCCAACCCUUCCCUUCACAGCUCCAUGUGUAAAACCAAACCUAUAAUGAAUAUAUUGGUAAAAAGCCAUAGCCUGGUGUCAGUAGAGUUCAUUGCACAACUCCCCACUGAUUUUACUGGGUACAGGAUUUUGGGGGCUUUGGGGUUGUGAUUUUUCUGUAGGGAACCUCACUUUUCCAUUACCAAUCAGGGUCAUGUCUUGCCAGAGAUCUCCUUUCCCUUCCUAGAGCAGCCUUCCUCCAUCUCCAGGCAUUGUGAAGAGAUCCUUUCUUUGAUCAGUGACUCCUGGCAAUGCAGGAUGGAUCAGGCCAAGCUAUUCCAUCCUUUCUUUCCCACAACCUUCCCAUCCAGCAGUGCUGGAUGUCUCCUACCUCCCUCCCUGGCUCCAUUUAUGUAACAUCCAUUUAUCUCCUUUUUUUUUUUCCUUCUACACAAGAGGGGGAAAAUAGGGCUUUUUUCUGCUUUUACAGACAGUAGGGUAAAAAUAGAGCCGUAAAAUUCUGAUUGGAACCUGAUGGCAAAAGCUGAGGGGGAGAAAGCAGAAGAAUCAAAGAUAUAAAAAUAAAAACCCCACAUCCCAUACUUUAAGAAAAAAAAAAAAACCUAUUUAAGUGCUAAUUAACAUACUUUAAAAAAAUACCCAGACUGCAGCAGAGCUGUCAGAAAAAGCUCCAAACUUCUGCUCUUGCCAGUUCCAGAGGAUUGAAGCGUCUUUUCAGCCCUGCAGCUCUGGAGGAACAGGAGAUUGCCAUGGCAACCCUGGCUGUUCGUGACAUGGGUGUCACCAUGGCAGAGCACACACGAUCCCAGACCGCCAGGGAUGGGCAAACAGCUCCCAGCAGUGGGACAGGGGCUUUUCGUGGAUUAGGAAAUUAUUAGGAAUUCGUGAGCAACUCUGGUAGCUUGGCCACAAAAAACUGUGUGCAAUUAAGGGGAUUGAUGUGCAGGGAAGGCUUCGAGAGCAACGUGAUGAUUUCAGCCUGAGAGAGGCUUUGCUUUAAUUCAGGAGGGAGUGAAAUCCAUUCAGCCUGAGCACUGCCUGUCCUGGGCUUGCUGAGGACACUUUGGGAAAGUUCUACAUGGUGAGAAGGAUUUGGGUUCCUGCUCCUGCAAGGCUGCACACCUCAUCACCACUGACCUUGGCUUCAACCCCUGGCUUUAGCAGGGAUCCUAAUUUCCUGCUCCUGGAGAAGCCAGCAGAAGGAGCAGCAGCCUCACCAAUGCUGAAAUACCUUGGAGGCUCUGGGGAAGGGAUUCUAGCAAAAGCUGCUGAAGGAACCUGCUCCCCUGUCAGAGCCAAAGCCAUUCCUUCAGGGCAGUGUCCAGGCAGGACAGGGGUGGCUUUGUCCUGUGCACAGCCAGGAGCUGGACUUGAGGUCCUUGUGGGUCCCUUCCAACUCAGGAUGUUCCAUGAUGGUGGUGCUGGUGGCCCUGGAGAGCCAGAAUCUUCUCACAGCCAGUGACACAUGGGAGGGGUGUCACAGUGUCACCCACGGGAGCCUGGCCCCUCCAUGAGUGCACCACUGUCAACAUAACUGAAAGAUUUCAACUAGGAAGGCUUGGCUUUGUUAGGACUGUGGUCCUCAUGCUGUGAGAGGUGAUAGGGAAUUAAAGAGAGUCCACAAAAAAUUCUCCUUGCUGCUUGAUGGGCACCCUGUCCCCCAGUCACUGUCAGUGAUCACAGACCCCAGGUCCAGGGUGAGCAGGAGGCUGGGAGGCAGGAAGACCCCCAGCUCCUGUCCCUGCUCCCUGGUGAGCCAGAGCUGAAUCUGGGUGUAAUCCAGUUCAUUUGAGAGAUUCCAUCCCAGCUAUGCAGAGGUUUCACCUGCUGGAUGUGUGCACUGGAAGGGCUGGAUGUUGGUUAGUUUAAUCCCAGCAGCUUGGAUGCCCUUCUUUUUAAGCUGGGCCAAGUAAGGAGGGGUUUAAAAUCCAGAAUUAGGGUAGGGAGCAAGCAAAGCAAGCCAAGGUAGAAAACAUUCUCAAGGCUGCCACUCUGGAUGGCUGAAAUCUGUUUGGAUGAGCCGAGUACCCACUGCUCCUUUCUUCCAUUGCAGCACAGGAGUGUUUUGUCCCCAAACCCCCUCUGCAUCCUCCUGGCUGUUACAGAAGAGUGAAACAUCUCCUGUGCCCCCCUGGCACUGGGAAGAGCUCCAUCCUGGGUGAGGGCCCCAGGACAAGAGGGGGACUCUCAGUUUUCCCAUGGAAAACUCGUCCCCUGCACGUGCCAGGAGCUGCCAGGGCUGUCACCACCCCGAGGUGACAGGAGCACAGCCCCCAUCAGCCCUGGAGGGAGAAGCAGUGGGAGGAAUUACAUUAAAAUCUCUAAGAAUGAAGUCCCUCAUUUUACCCACCCUGUAAUCCAUGAUUUAGUUGCUGCUUUAUGGAUGAGCGUUUGAAAGAAGAAAAACCAACUCUUCUAAAAUGAGAAUCUGAUGAAGUGUCUUUUUUUCUUGGCUCUGAAUCAUGCUUCCAUUCCACUGAUGAAGAUGUACAGAACUUGCUGGGUUUCAAUCUAUUAUUUUACCCUUCUGUGCUCUGACAGUGCAAUUACAUUUCCCUGGCAUCACUUAGAACCUGUUCCUUUCCCAGGAAUAUAAUGCAGGAAAAGAAAAGUUUUACAGCAUCUCUUUGUGUUGUUGGCUGUUAUCAGGAAGGGGUCUGUAUUUCUCCAGUUCAAGAAGGACAUUUUAGGCAGCUCUAGGAAGUGCAAAAACUUAAUCAAGAGCAAGGUGGGCAGAAAAUCGAACACCAUUUUAAUUGGAAAAACUGCUGUAAUUUGGCAUCUUCACUGUGAAAUAAUUGCAGCCCCAGAAGAGGGAGAAAAGAGAAAAAAGAAAUCCUCUGGAUCUAGAGCUCAGUACUUCACAGUGUGAUGAUGGAAAUACCACAGAGGUUUUUGGUUUUUUUUUUAAAUUUUCUGUCAAGACAGACCAAAAUACUUUGUAGCCUUGAAAAGCAUUGCUAAAUGAAAUUGCCAUUUUCCACCCAAUUAUUUCCCCAGCUGUUCCUGGCCUGUCUUUGCCAGCAUCCCGAACCAGCAGCUGGAUUUGCCCUGCUCUAGGUGAGAUCCAUGUUCCAGCUUUCCUUUCCCAGCAGGUCCUGUGUCUCCAUCAGCCAACAGGCAACUUUGGGAAGCUCUGAGGUGGCUCCAGGAGCCCCUAGCUGGUGCCACCAGCACCUGGGCACAUCCUGUCCCUCCUGGGGGCAAUUCCAAAGGGUGCAGGUGAUGUUGUUGACAUCAAUCCCCAAAUUCCUGCCUCUAUUCCCAUCCAACCAACAAGGAGGGAGUCACAUUCCUGAGCAUCCCUUCCAGAGCAGCCAAAGCUCUUCCAGCUCUGGCUCCCUCAGAUUUCUCUGGGCUGGGGGAGGAAGGCAGAGCAGGUUACCCCUGGGCCCUGGGGCCAAUCAGAAAUAACUCUUUAGAGUUAAUUGGCUUCAAGUGGAAUGGGCUCAGGUCCCAGCCUGUUGCCAUUUAAUCCACAGCAGGAUCUAAGGAAUCAAUGCCUCCUGACUCAUCUCCAGGAGUUCUUCACUGAUCCCUGUGUCUCCCUUUUGUCACCAUCUCAUGUUUUCCAGCCAUUUACUGUUCAUUUGUAAAGUCACCCCAUUUUUUUGGCUCUUUAACUAACGACAUGGCUUUUUAAUUAAAAACAAAAAUUCACAAAGUCAGCAGCAUAAUAGUAAAAAAAAAAAAAAACAAAAAACCUUUGUACAAAAUACUGUAAAUAUUAAUAUAAAUUAACUGGGCAUGCAACUGAAAUAAAUCCUAUGUUAUUGCAAGUUAUCUGAGUGUAUAAAGGAGUGUAUAAAGGAAAACUGAAUGCCAUAUGUAUCAGCUGUUCCCUCUAACCAAACUCUACUGUAAAUAUAUAAUCUGUAUAAAAAUAUUUUAAUUUUACCAUUAUUUAUGCAAUAGAAAUAAAGUUUUUUUUUCUUUUGAUGAA